AUGGAGUUUUUUUCGACAAGUGCUGGACAGGCCAAUCACACCUCAGUCGAUUUAGUGUUGAUUCUUAACAUUUCAACAAGCCCCCACGAGACGCCUUUUUCGCGGAUGAAGCAUAGACCCCCAGUCAGCGUGGACUACGAUGAGGAAGACGAGGGCAUUCAUUCUGCGUGCACAAGUUCCCCAUUGGCAGGAUUGACACACGCUACCUACCGUGUCACGGCCCACGGUAACGGCAGUGUUGAAUUCGCCGCCGACCAAGAUGAACGCUUCAAAUGUGUCAAACUAAUCAACACGUCAGGUGAUGUUUGGAACAGCGACUCUGGCGCCUCGCAUGACCCUCCCACUGACAUUGUUAUGAAGAACCAAUCUUUCAAGAUUGGCAGUAAUAUCACCUUCACAUUGAUCGAUAACGAUGGAGUGGAACAAGCAAAUUGCCAAAUUGUUCAGGAACGUGUUCGUGCCGCCGGUUCUCAUCUUCGUUCACAGUCGUCAUCGACAGAUGAGAACAUUAGUAAGGGUGCUGAAACUCCACUGAAUCAAACUACACCACCUAUCCAUAUCUAG